AAUGGGAUUCCUAAACAUUCAGCCCUAUUUCUUCUGGUUUGUAUAAUACUGUAUCCAUCUACCCAGAAUGUAUCCCUACUACUUUUCCAUGCAUGCGUGACACCAUUCAGUUGGGGAGUGAGUCUAUGUUUUUGGAAACGGAAGCAAAUAUGUGGGAAAGCGCCUAGAGGUAAGCAAGGAACGUGGGACAUCUGUUCAUUCCCUUUCAACCUUGUAUCCCUCUCUUGCACCUCUUUCUCCUCAACAUCAUAGUUACAGCCGUCCAGUGUCGCUCAUAGCGUGCCUGGAAGGUUCUCGUUUGUUCCUGUAUUUCUUCCCUACCAGAAGCAAAGGACAAACUCGGUUGAAGUCGGAACCUCGUGGUUGAUGUACAUACACCCUCCCAGCAACGAGACCCAAGGCAGUCCCCCGUGUUUCCCUCUCCAUUGACAUCUACAAGGAACUUCGAUUCUUUGAACGCGCGUCACUAUCACCCCUUUAUCCUAGAACGUCGAGUUCGUAACCUCUCAACAGUACUCCUGCGCUCACCUAAGAACUUACUAGUAACUUCACGUAUCAGACAUUCAACAGUUCAUUCUUAGUCUGCUUCAUAAAACAUAACAUUCAUUGAGCGGAUGAACGGGAGCGUCAACAGAGAUGCUCCAUCCUCCCUCGAUCUCUGUUCCCUUUGACUCUUCCUCUCGCCCGGAUUCCCCUUGGUCUACGGCUUCGGCCCCUCGCGAGCUAUCUGUACAUCCUAGGUUCCCUCAUACAAGAGCACAGCUCUCUGCCAUUGCUCGUCAGUAUAGGCCAUCUGACCAUUACGACGACGAUCCAGAUGCCGAUGAUUCUAGCCCUGUCACUUCCACCUUGGUGACAAGGGUUGCUAGCCUGCUCGACAAUGAGCAUGAGGACGAACUGAAGGAACUGUUGAAAGAAACAUUCGGUCCAUCUAUAGACGAUGAAGAGCUUUCGCAACAUGUAUUGGAUCUCAUGCAUCGUCAUCGUGACGAUGUAGACAACAUUCCAUUCUUGUAUCUGACCCCAACUCGUAGACCCAUCUCUCGUCCCUCAUCUCGGGCUUCGUCACAUUCCGCUCGUCUGAAUCCUAACCGUCCUGAUACGCCCCUCUCAUCAGCCCCCAAUUCUCCGCUCGCGGCUUUGUACCGCCGUCCUCACACCCCCCUAGUAUCACCGUUGGGUACACUCCAAUCCUCCUCGUACAUGUCCGUUCACAACGAGUCUCCGAGUUCGUCACCCAUCAUGACGCACGCGCAGUUCGCCACUAGUCUUCCGGCCUCUCCGAUAUCAUCUCCUCGAAUUUUGAAUGCAAAAGCCUCGGAAUUCAAGCCUAUACCCCGUCCGCUUUCUGCAGCAUCAUCCAACCCUGCUACUUUCGCAGGACUUCGAGCUGAUACCCCAUCUCCGGAUUUGUGGUCUCAUAACCCCCAACGGCCUACCUCCAAAUUGGCUAUCGCUGCUCCUCUUACGCCGGAUAGUAGUCUAUUGCCACGCUCCGCAACACCGAGCUCUCUUCGGUCAACCUUGCGGCCUGAGGAUGACGACGACGAAGAUGACCCGUUCGAUCCCUUUGCCGCUAAGAACAUUCCCCGUUCUUUCCACCCAGUUUCCGCAUCCGACUCGGACACGCAAUGGUCGAAUUCGCCAUUAUCAAACUCGUCCCUCUCUACCGACUACCACCAGCCUGCAAGCAAUGGCCAACAGUAUCCUAAUUCCAUUGAAGGGGACUCGACCCGGUCUCGCGAGAACGAACUUGACGGGGAAUCUGAGACGGCCCUCACGGACGGGAUGACACCAUUCGACGUUCUAAGCUCAGUUUUCGGUGCUACGCUUGCUCCAUCCGAGUUGGAAGAAGCCCUGGCGAACAACGCGUAUGAUUUCGAACGGGCAAUGUCUUGGCUUGUGGAUCGCGCCUAUGUGCACCACCAGCCGAAACCUGCUCCUGCUAGAAUGCAAUCUAUGGGUAACAGGGUCAUGGUAGUCUCCCGAGAUGGCCAGGGCGGUUUCUAUCGUGGUGGGCGGGGUGCCUAUAACCCUCGUGGUAAUAUGAGGUAUGGCAAUGGACGCCCUGUCCAGGGUGGCAAUAGAGUUUGCAGAUACUUCUUGGCCGGCGAAUGUCUGCGUGCCGACUGUCGUUUCAGUCAUGAUUUAGAACGGGCCUUGUGCCGAUUCUGGCUACGUGGUACUUGUGCCAAGGGCGAAACCUGCGAGUUCCUACAUCGUUUGCCGGAAGGUGUCGACAUUUCCAGUUUGAAUAAUGCCAUGGGGCGCGUAAACAUCAAUGUCAACAACCAUGAUGAAUCUGGCAAUCAUCUUCCUCCCGAUGAGUUCCCCACAUUGAACCAGGUCACCAACCAGGCCAAGAAUGGACGCAGCAGUCAAAAUUAUGUCCGCGAUGAGACCUUCCAAGAUCCAAGUCGUACUCGAUUUGCCAAUGCCGUCAAACGGCCACCUGUCCAGCCUCCGCCGCAACCCGCUUAUCCUAAGGAUCCCGCUCUGAUAGCUGCCCGCCGAGAGGCAAUGGGCACUGCGGCAGAGCUUCCGACCGGUAUUGUCGCUCCUAAACCGUCACCUCGCAUCAAGUUACGACCACCUACCUUAUUGCCUACUUUGCCUACUGGUGAGGCUGUCAACAGUCUCUAUUUGACUUACCGGUCUCGAGCGAUCCAGCUGGGAGCUGCACGUAAUGCGUGUUUGUCUCGCGCUGCUGAUGCAUGGCGACGGGGUGAUGGAGCUGCGGCGAAACGCUUUAGUAGGGAAGGUCAUGAUCUGAAUACCAAGAUGCAUUCAGAGAUGAUUGACGCCGCAGCGAAGUUGGUCAGAGAGCGAGCAAAAGUAUGUGAGCAAGCUGUUCGAUCGAGGGAUGCGAGCUGGUCAGACGAUCCUGGGGACCGGGCUGCUCGCGGUAAGCUCUGCGGCGCAGGACUUGGUGUCGUGCUCGGGAUUGCCAAUCAAACUGCCGGAGAGAACCAGAAGUUGACAGCUGAUGAGCGAACGGAGUGCAUAUUGGACUUGCACGGACUUCAUGCUACCGAGGCAACAGAUGUGUUGGAAGAAUUCCUUCUAUCUUUGGAGCGUGAACACUUCUAUGGCUUGGGUGAGUGUUGUUCAGCUUUUAUCAUGCACUUGUUUCCUCACAUGGGCUUCUCGCAGCGUAUCUUAUAGUUGGAGAGGAGAAGCAUACGGGUACGCAAGAUCCUGCACGUGGUGCUUCCCGAGCUCGACUCGCGACUGGUGUUCGUGAAUGGUUGCAUCUAUGGGGAUAUCCGUGGAGCGAGCGUGAGGGUGUGAUUUGCGUCGACCCUUUGACACAUGCAUAGGGAUACUCGCUCAACAUAAAAAGAUAAACAGUUUGGGUGUGUGUGGUUUGAAUGUUUUUUCUGCUGGAACUGUUUUAUUUUCGCAAGGGAGAUUGUAGACUUAGUACUGUGCACCUAUUGUUUGUAUAUGGGCCUUGAAUGGCUGCUGUUUGACGAUUGGAAAUGAACUUGCACAUAUAUGGGAGCUAGCAUGUGAACGUCGUUUUGAGUUUGUGGCCC